AUGGACGCAUCGUCCAUUAUAACUCAGGUGUCACGGGAUGACGAGCAAUUAAACAAUUAUGGAUCCGACAGAGGGUCACCCCCUGGCGCCCAACAUAAUGAAGGUGAUGGUACGCCAGUGUCUGGGUCUACUCCGUUGGGCAAUAAAAAGUCCAGCGGAAGCGGCGGUUUCCUACGCUCCCUAUUAUGUUGUUGGCGUGGAGGGCGCGGUAAAGGCCCACCCGGUAGCAAUGGCGCGAACAGCAUCGAUGGGAGGGCUUCGCCCCCGCUCCUGGUCAUGUCGGAGCAUCAACCCCGACCAUUGUUGCCGCCAGUGAGACAUCAGGAUAUGCAUAAAAAGUGUAUGGUCAUUGAUCUUGAUGAAACACUAGUUCACAGCUCCUUCAAGCCCAUAAAUAAUGCAGACUUCGUAGUCCCUGUGGAAAUAGACGGCGCAGUCCAUCAAGUGUACGUAUUAAAACGGCCGCAUGUUGACGAGUUCCUUCGGAGAUGCGGCGAGUUGUACGAGUGCGUCCUUUUCACCGCGUCACUGGCUAAGUACGCGGAUCCUGUCGCCGAUCUACUAGACAGAUGGGGCGUGUUCCGCGCACGGUUGUUCCGCGACAGUUGCGUUUUCCACCGCGGCAACUACGUCAAAGACCUGAAUAGCCUCGGCCGCGAUCUGCGCCGGGUCGUUAUCGUAGACAACUCACCCGCCUCUUAUAUAUUCCAUCCGGACAACGCUGUGCCUGUCGCGUCAUGGUUCGACGAUAUGACAGAUUCAGAACUUUUGGACUUGAUACCGUUUUUUGAGAAAUUAAGCAAGGUUGACAGUGUGUACACAGUGUUACGCAACUCGAACCAUCCGUAUAACCCUACACAGAACUCACCGACCACAUAG